AUGGAUGAUGUCACAAUCAUUGAAAAAAUUCUGCGUUCAAUGUCACCAAAGUUUAACUAUGUUGUUUGUGCAAUUGAGGGAGCAAACGACAUUGGAACAAUGUCAUUAGAUGAAUUGCAAAGUUCACUGUUGGUACAUGAGCAGAAAUUCAAAAGUCAUGACACUUCAAAAGAAGAGAAAGCUUUAAAAGUCUCCACCAGCAACGACCCAUCAUCAUCAUGGAGAGGUUCCAGACGUGGUCGAGGCAGAGGCCGUGGACGAGGUAGAGGCAGAGGUGCUCAUGAUUCCAGCGGCAGAGGAAAUCAUGAUUCCUGCAACAGAGGAAAUCAUGAUUUCAGCAACAGAGGAAAUUAUGAUUCCAGCAACAAAGGCAAUGGCAAAGAUCGAUACAAACACCAAAGCUAUCAUGAGUCACAGCUUGACAAAUCAAAUAUUGAGUGCUAUAGGUGUGGUAAGUAUGGUCACUACCGUUCUGAAUGCCGCACUAACAUGAAUAGAGAAAAUGGAGAAAAAUCCAAUUUUACAGAGAAAGAAGAAGAAGCUACGCUUUUGCUGGUAUGUCAAGCCAUGGAGAACACUCAUCAGGAUGUAUGGUACAUUGACAUAGGAUGUAGUAAUCAUAUGAGUGCAAUUUCUGUUAUGGGAAAAGGCAAUAUUUCAAUAUGGACUAAGAAUAACACUACACAAACCAUCUCUAGUGUAUUCUAUGUUCCAGAUUUAAAAAGCAAUUUAUUAAGUGUGGGGCAGCUUCAGGAAAAAGGGUGUGAGAUCACAAUUAAAGAAGGAAUGUGUCAGAUUCAAGAUUCAAAGAAGGGACUCAUUGCACAGGGAUUGAAGACUCUACAACAACUGAACAUGGUGAGAGGUCUUCCAAACAUUGAUUGUCCAACUCAAAUUUGUGAAGAAUGUGUUCUUGGGAAGCAGCAUCGUGAAACUUUUCCGAAAGGAAAAGCAUGGAGAGCCAAAAAUCCUUUGGAGCUUAUUUUCUCAGAUAUUUGUGGACCCAUCAAUCCAACUUCCAAUGGUGGCAAGAGGCAAAAUCUGAAGCUUUCUCAGCCUUUAAAAGCUUUAAAGCCCUUGUUGAAAAUGAAGCAACUAACGGCACCGUAUACACCACAGCAUAAUGGUAUUUGUGAAAGGAAGAACAGAACAAUCUUGAACAUGGUUCGCAGCAUGCUAAAAAUUUGUGGUGUUCCAAAAACGUCUUGGCCAGAAGCAGUAAAUUGGUGUAUUUACAUCUUAAAUAGAAGUCCGACUCUUGCUGUCAAAAACAUGACGCCAGAAGAAGCUUGGAAUGGUCACAAACCAGCUGUAAGUUACUUCAAAAUUUUCGGUUGUAUAGCAUAUGUUCACGUUCCCGAUGACAAGAGGAAGAAGCUUGAUGAUAAAGGAGAAAAGUGUAUUUUUCUUGGGGUUAGUGAGCACUCAAAGGCCUAUAAAUUGUUCAAUCCCGCCACCAGGAAGAUCAUCAUCAGUCGUGAUGUAUUAUUUGAUGAAGAAACAAUAUGGGACUGGACAGAUAAAGGCUCAAAGCAGCAGCAGCAGCAGAUUUCUGUUAUUUUUUAUGAAGAACCAACAAGCACAGAAACUGAAGAGCAAUUGCAGCCCUCUAAUGACAGCCAGCCAUCUAGUUUUCAACCCCAACGCACAAAGAAAAGGCCAUCAUGGAUGAUGGAUUAUGAGGUUUGUGAUGAUGAUCAAUCCGAAGAUGAUGGGCUGACUUAUUUUGCACUGUUUACAGACUUUGAUCCUGUAACUUUUCAAGAAGCUCACAAAGAAACCAAAUGGCAAAGAGCCAUGGAUGAGGAAAUUAGUUCCAUUGAGAGAAAUAACACAUGGGAGUUGAUAGAUCUUCCUGAAGGGCAGAAGUUGAUUGGUGUAAAAUGGGUCUAUAAAAUGAAGCUGAACAAGGAGGGUGGAGUUGACAAAUAUAAGGCACGGCUGGUGGCUAAAGGAUAUAAGCAAAAGUAUGGCAUUGACUAUAAAGAAGUGUUCACUCCGGUCGCUAGGAUGGAUACAAUCAGACUGCGUUCCUACAUGGGAGUUUACAAGAACAAGUCUAUGUCGAUCAACCUCCAGGAUAUGUGUAACCCGGAAAGGAAGGGAAGUGAUAUGACUAUGAUUGAUGUUUUCAAGAAAUCCAUGAUGGCAGAAUUUGAAAUGUCUUAUCUUGGUUUGAUGCAUUAUUUCCUUGGCAUCGAAGUAGAGCAAUCUCCUGCUGGGAAUUUCAUAUCCCAAAAGAAGUAUGUUCAUACUAUUUUGGACAGGUUUCAGAUGUCCAAUUGCAAUCCUGUUGGCACUUCUACUAAAUGUGGUUUGAAGCUAACAAAGGAUCCUGAAUGA